GCCGGAAGUGGCGGGAGGCCCCGCCCCCUACCGGGGUCUCUGUAGAGCCGCGGACGCGCCGGCUUUGAGCAUCCCUGGCGGGCCAGGGGAAGGCCCUGGGGCUGCGGCUCCGGCGGCCGCGGCCCCGCCCGCCUUCGACAUGGCCAGCUCCGGAGAGGACACAUCCAACGAUGACGAUGUGCCCCCUGCGGCAGCCGCCGUGGCGGUGGGCGCCCACCUCCUCGGCUUCUCGGAUGAGAUCCUGCUGCACAUCCUGAGCCACGUGCCCAGUACAGACCUGGUCCUGAACGUCCGGCGCACCUGCCGGAAGCUCGCGGUGCUCUGCCUGGACAAGAGCCUCACCCACACCGUGCUGCUGCAGAAGGACUAUGAGGCGAGCGAGGACAAGGUGAAGCAGCUGGUGAAGGAGAUCGGCCGGGAGAUCCAGCAGCUCAACAUGGCCGGCUGCUACUGGCUCUCGGGUGCCACCAUCGAGCAUGUGGCCCGCUGCCGCAGCCUGGUGAAGGUGAACCUCUCGGGCUGCCACCUGACCUCCCUGCGCCUCUCCAAGAUGCUCUCGGCCCUGCAGCACCUGCGCUCCUUGGCCAUCGACGUGAGCCCCGGCUUCGACGCCGGCCAGCUGAGCGGCGAGUGCAAGGCCACGCUGAGCCGCGUGCGCGAGCUCAAGCAGACGCUGUACACGCCGUCCUAUGGCGUCGUGCCCUGCUGCACCAGCCUGGAGAAGCUGCUGCUCUACUUCGAGAUCCUCGACCGCACGCGCGAGGGUGCCAUCCUCUCGGGCCAGCUGAUGGUGGGCCAGAGCAACGUGCCGCACUACCAGAACCUGCGCGUCUUCUACGCGCGCCUGGCCCCAGGCUACAUCAACCAGGAGGUGGUGCGGCUCUACCUGGCCGUGCUCAGCGACCGCACGCCCGAGAACCUCCACGCCUUCCUCAUCUCUGUGCCCGGCAGCUUCGCCGAGAGCGGGGCCACCAAGAACCUCUUGGACUCCAUGGCCCGCAACGUGGCGCUGGACGCCCUGCAGCUGCCCAGGUCCUGGCUCAACGGCUCGUCCCUGCUGCAGCACAUGAAGUUCAACAACCCCUUUUACUUCAGCUUCAGCCGCUGCACCCUGUCCGGCGGCCACCUGAUCCAGCGGGUCAUCAACGGCGGGAAGGAGCUCCGCAGCCUGGCCAGCCUGAACCUUAGCGGCUGCGUGCACUGCCUGUCCCCGGACUCCCUGCUCCGCAAGGCGGAGGACGAUAUCGACAGCGGCAUCCUAGAGACGCUCGUGGCAUCCUGCCGCAACCUGCGGCACCUCAACCUCUCGGCCGCCCACCACCACAGCUCCGAGGGCCCGGGCCGCCACCUCUGCCAGCUGCUGGCCCGGCUGCACCACCUGCGCUCCCUGUCCCUGCCCGUCUGCUCCGUCGCCGACUCGGCGCCGCGGGCCGACCGCGCGCCGGCCCACGCCAUGCACGCCGUGCCCCGCGGCUUCGGCAAGAAGGUGCGCAUCGGCGUGCAGUCCUGCCCCAACCCCUUCUCGGGGCAGGCAGGCCCUCAGCCCUCCUCCGUGUUCUGGUCUCUGCUGAAGAAUGUGCCCUUUCUGGAGCGCCUCGAGUUGAUUGGGUCCAACUUCUCCUCCGCCAUGCCGCGCAACGAGCCCGCCAUCCGCAACUCCCUCCCGCCCUGUGGCCGGGCGCAGAACGUCGGGGACUCGGAGGUGGCCGCCAUCGGCCAGCUGGCGUUCCUGCGGCACCUGACGCUGGCCCAGCUGCCCAGCAUCCUGACGGGCUCCGGGCUGGUCAGCAUCGGCCUGCAGUGCCAGCAGCUGCAGUCCCUCUCGCUGGCCAACCUGGGCAUGAUGGGGAAGGUGGUCUACAUGUCCGCCCUCUCGGACAUGCUGAAGCACUGCAAGCGGCUGAAGGACCUCAGGCUGGAGCAGCCCUACUUCAGCGCCAAUGCGCAGUUCUUCCAGGCGCUCAGCCAGUGCUCCGCGCUGCAGCGCCUGUGCCUAGUGUCCCGCAGCGGCACGCUCCAGCCUGAGGCCGUGCUGGCCUUCAUGGCCCGCUGCCUGCACGUUGUCGUGUGCCACAUGUUCACCGGGGAGUCCCUGGCCACCUGCAAGAGCCUGCAGCAGUCCCUGCUCCGAAGUUUCCAGGCUGAACGGCCCGCGCUGAAUGUCGUCAUCUUCCCUCUGCUGCACGAGGGCCUGACCAAUGUCAUCCGGGACGUCCCCAUGGUGCACCUGGAUGAGAUCACCUUAUUUAAAAGCAGAGUGGCUGAGGAGCCGCCAAACCUGUGGUGGUGACAGGGACAGCCAGCACCAGGCGAAGCUGCUUCCGGCAGCCAAGCCUUCCUCCUGCCACUGUCGCCUGUCAGUCUCCCGGGCCUGGAAGCAGGACGGCCCUGAUGGCCAUGUGGCCUGCUGCUGCUGCUCACCGCCUGCCCCUGCCGGACACCGGGGCCCGUCAGGUCCCAGGAGGAAGGACGCCCCCUCUGCCCGGCCAUCCCGCACACCCAUCGUCUCCCAGGGUCUCCCGAAGCUUCCUCUUGCUUUCUCUCGGCGCUCAGUGAAACGUGGGUCUCAUCCGUGAGGAUGAGGAAGAAGAGCUGGCUGUCUGGGUGACCUGCGGGGCCUGGUGUGUGUGUUUCUAAACUGAGACACAUCCGUCACGGAGCGCUGACUCCCUGGGGCCCUGACCAGGUCUCCAGAGCAGCACGGGGCUGCCCCCCACCGCUGCUUCAACCCUCCGGAGUGUCUCGUGUGUCUGGCCACCUGCCAUCAGGCUCUGUGGAGGGGUGGCCUUGGGCCCGGGGCUGGGGGUGGAGGUGUGGUGUGGAGGUGCUCACACAGUGACACGAUGGCAUUGCUGGUGACCACGUGCCCAAGUGCCCCUUCCCUCGGGCCAGCUGGAAGCACGACGCAGUGGGGAGCUCUGGAUUGGGGGCUCUCUUUCCCAGUAACACACGUUUUAACCCAAUUAUGUCUCCAGUGUGUUUCCAGCCAGAUGGCAUCAGACAAGUUCAGGGCCACUGACUGGCUGGGCAGGGACCCCCCUGGGGCUGGGAUUGUGGGGCGAGGCCUGGGGCAGGCCCGCCAUGCAGCCAGCACGGCACUCAGCUUUAGGACCUGUUCUCCGUGAAGAUCUGUGUUUCUGGGGAAAUACGUACCUGGCUUCAUUUAAGAAAACUUGAAAUAUUAAAACUUAGAAAGGACAUUUAAGGCCAGAGUAGUGAUCAAACUAUCCUGUUUCAUAUAGCUUUAUUUAGCACUUUAAAAAAUUCAGUGCAGCUAUUCCAAAAAUGGGGAGUGACCUCCCAGUGUCCAGGGCCUCCCGCUCCGUGCUGAGCCGGCUGCCUUCUCGACCGCAAGACUCUCCCCAGAGCCGGUGGCCCUUCGGCUGAUGGCUUCCGAGGGGCUGCGAUCGGGUCCCUCCGCCACGGGUCUGGCCCUGACCACUCUCGGUGUUGCUCUUGGAGGCUUGCUAGGGGUGCGGGGCACUGUUGCGUGGCUUCCAGCCAGGGGCACGUCAGUCCUGCAGAGGCUGCCUCUCCGGCAUCCCCAGCCUCCCUCUCUCUCUGGGUUGGGGGUGCAGAGCCCACCAGGCCCUGCUCACGCUGCUGGUGCCCAUUGUGGCUGCCAUCUGUUCUGGGGCCCCCAGCCCGGCCAUCUUCCCACUUUGUGUCUGUGGUGAUGGUCCCCCUCCCCUCAUUCCGUGUAGUGUGUCCUGCAGCUUACCUACUAAAAGACUAGGUCCAUGGCCCUGGGGCUUUUCAUUUGCCUCUCCUUCCCUGGGUUCUUGAGGGACAAACAAUUCAGCAAGCCCAACCCCGCAGGGCUGAGGGGGUCCAGGAGGCCAAACAGCAGCUGCAGGAAUCUAGCAGUCCUGGGGUCAGGGCCAUGGGAGGCACAGUCUGGCAGCAUCUGCCCAUCCCAGGGGCUCUGCUCUGCCCUCCCCCCUCCUGAGUGGAUGGGGGUCUGCAUGGGUGGCGUGGGGUGAGUCGCCUCCCUCCUUGCUGUGCUUUUCAUGCCCUCUCCCUGCCUCGGGCUUGGCAGAGGGACUGGUCUGCAGGCCGCCCACAGGUGAAUGCCUACAGCCUUCACCUUGGAGGGCCUGAUGUGGUCUGAGAGCCCUGCCUGGCCUUGUAAGCCAAGGGACAGGCUGCCCUGGGCCCCAGAGAGCCAGGCUGAGGUCCCUUUAGGGCCCCAUGGCUGUAGAUGAGGGUCUGAGAGUUGGUGGGCGCACCUCUCCUCCCCAGUUUUGGAGUAUUUCUUUCAGGUGGUGCCCAGAGACCUCCCCCCCAGGCAAGGGUGGUCAGGAGGGGGGUGGUAUGGGGACUGACCACUUCUUAUCCUCCAAGCAAGCAUGUGGCUGGCCGCAGCCUGACUGGCAGAGGGGUGUCUCCUCCAGAGCAGCCCGGGCUCAGGCUGGAGAAUGAGCUCUCCACUAGGCUGUGAUUGUGUGUUCAUGCACUUGCCUGGGCGGCCUGUUCUCACGAGCAAGCAGUUUUAACCAGCAGCAUCAUUUAUGCCAACAAACAGGGCCUGGGGGUGGGGGGAGGCGUCCACCCGGGGCUGGCGGCGUGAGCUGCCGCGGAGAGCCGCUCCCACACAGCAGACCUUGUAUUUUUAGCGUCCCCGUAACCAUCCUGCUACUAGAGUAAGAACUUCCGCCGCUUCUGCCCCCGAGACGGGACGCACCAGAUGCUAAUAAUGUGCUUAUUCUCGCUAAGUGCUAUUUUGGCAGCGGUGUUAAUUGCAAUUUCUAUUCUGCAACGUUUUAUGCUGGGAAAAGAACCCACCCUAAUGGUCCCCAAUUGGCAGAACUGGGCUGUUAAGUGUGGGCCAUAUGCUGCCUGCUGAGAGGGGCCUGGUCAGCACUGCUGGCUGCGUGUGUGUGCGUGUGCAUGCGUGUGUGUAUGUGUGCGUGCACACACAUGAGUGUCGUCUGCUGUGUACAGAUGCGUGUGUGUGCACGUUUCUGCAUGUGAUCGCGUGUGUGCGUGUAUGAGAGAGAGGGAGGGAGAGAGGGAGGGAGAGGGAGAAGAGAGACUGGGGGAGGUGGGAAUGAUGAGGGGAGAGGAGAGACGAGAUCAGGGCAUUUAUCCCUUUGUUAAAGUAGAAGCCCCCUGCCCUCCUGAGGCCACCCCUCCCGCCUGCGCCCACCCUGCCCCUUGACCCUGUGGCUCGCUCCCCUCCGCUCUGGUCCGCCGGGCGUGCCUGCCGCCGGGGCUCUGACUUGGCUGCCACGCCGCCACACAAGCCGCCACACAAGCCAGCCGGAGGGUGUGAAGGUGCUUUCCUGGGGGCAGCCUCUGGAGCCUGAGGAGAGCAGAGGCCUGCCGCCUCCCUUCCCUGUCGGUGGCUUUUCAUUCUCACGUGCAAGUAUUUUUACUUCCCAGCCCAAGGAGGCUGGAUUAGGGACCCUUCACUCUGUUGUUUCCCCGGGGGACAGAUCUUAUCUCUGCUGGCAGCUGUCCUCUGAAGACCCAAGGAUUCACGUGUCUGGGCGCCUGUGUCCGACACCAGCCUGGAGGGUGCUGUGCUCGGGCCUGCGGCUGUGGCCCAGGACGGGCCCCGGGGUGAUGCCCCCCACAUAGACCUCGGGCAGCUCUACAAGGCUAGGUGUUGAGGGCGAGGCUCCCUUAACCACCCCUGUACCAGGAUCCAUGGCUGCAGGCCGCCUGGCUGAGAGGACGAAGGUUGGCGGAGGCCUGGCUGGGAGAGCUGGGCCAGGGGAGCGGAGCCGCAGGAGCCGGAUGUCUGUUGGCCCUCGAGGGUCUGAAACCAGCCUGUGCCAUCCUGGUUGUGCCAGCGGCCCUCCCGGAGUCUGUGCCAAGAAGGCGACGAUCCCGCAGCCUCCCCCCACCUUGCAGGAAGGGAACCCGCCGGGGACCCACCGUCACGACCUCCUCUGAGUGGCGCAGGGCCAGUGGGCAGUCUCCUGCUCCCUCCGGCCCUCAUCAUCUGCUCCGGGAGGGUUUGAGAAUUGCCGGGGACUCUUACAAAAGAAGAAUAAGAAAUGAGAAAUUAGUGGGCAAGGAUAACGCAGUGUGGCUGGUGGUGGCAGAUUUCAGCGGAGACCCCAGAUUUCCGAUGGAGACUUGGAAGGGGACAUAGGCGCCUACAGUUUCUUGGCAUUGGUCCUUAGCCUCCUCCCCGACACUUCAACAGGUGGGGACGAGAUUGUGUGGCAGGGGCUCAGGUGCCCUUGUUGUGCUCACUGGCCUUGUUGGCGCUGGGGGCUCGGGUUUCUCGUGGGGAGUCUCUUAAGUUCGCUGACACAGGCUGGACGGUGUCUCCUGAAUGUCUCAAUUACUUUCUAGAACUCUUUCAGAAACCGUGGGCGGGUGGGGGUGGGAGGGGGAGGUUGCAUUCAUGUCACGGGGUCCGGGGACCUGCCGCACCGGGCCGGGGAAUGGGGGGGCCCCAGGGCUGCUCAUGGCCGUGAGGUCAGGGAGCCACGUGCACGGCCUGGGAGGCUUGGUCUGCAGCAGAAGCAGCUGCUCGGCUGGACCUGAUGGGAUGGUUUUCUGUGGAACCGUAACAGUGCGGGCCAGAGGUUCUCUGGUGUGCUCACUGGAGUGGGGUGGGGGGGUUGGAGGGCGAGGGGGCGGGAGAGGCGGCCACGCGACGGCCGUGGUGCAGGUGGCGCGUCGGGCCCUGGCGGGGGCCCGCUCAGGCCACUGCCUGUCCGUAUGUGGCCGACCAGAAGCAGUUGAGCUCAGCUUGUUUUUAAAGGGGGUGGGGGGGUGAGUCGGCCAGGGGGCUCAUGGUAUGUGGUGACCAGGUGCUAAGUGACCAAAUACGUGUCACCUGCCUUUCCACACAGACCUCCUUUUCCGUCUGGUGAUACCCACUCCUGAAUUUUGUGUUCAAAUGACAUUUUGAAUGGGUAUUUUCAUGUAAACUUGUGGCAUGUGGAAAGUUUCAAAUAAAGUGGACUUGAUUUAGAAAA